AUGCCCUCGGACAGCGAGGAAGUCUGUCUACAACAAUCAGGGACAGGCGUCUAUGAAAAUGUGGUUUAUUCAAAAGAGUCAGCAGACAGAGCAAAAAGAUAUGCUGGAGAAGGAGGCAACCGGAAAACAAUGGGAAGAUAUUCAGCUGCAGUACAGAAUUUGAUUCCUGUCAGAACUACAGAAAAAAACAAGAACAACGGAGGAAGCCGAAUUGACGAUGCCGGCCUUUUCUCAUUUGUCACCUACUCCUGGGUCUUCCCAUACUUAUGGCAAGCGGUUAGAGGGAAAUUAAAUCGAGAUCAAGUAUGGGGGUGCAGUUUUUACGACAGCUGUGGAUUAAAUAUGGCCAGAUUGGAAGUUUUGUGGGAAGAUGAAAAGAAAGUGAAUCCAAAGGAUCCAUCAUUGUUCAAGGUUAUCUACAGAUUCAUCAGCACCCGUCUAUGGUUCUCAUGUGCUGUAUUCUUCUUCUGUCUUAUUUUCGGAUUCAUCGGACCAACAUGUUUCAUCAGACGACUGAUCGCUUUCGCUGAGAACCCCCAACGCGACGAAGACCAAAACAUCGUUUACUCUUAUGGAAUUGGCCUUGUCCUGGCAAUCAGUGUCGUCGAGUUUGCACGAGUUUUGUCAUAUGGAGCGACAUGGGCGGUCUCAUACAGAACUGGAAUCAGAGUUCGCGGUGCUGUUCUUGCACUUCUCUACAAAAAUGUGUUGAAUGCUAAAGAUUUGUGUGGAAAGAGUGAACCAGACGUCAUCAAUAUUUUUGCUAACGAUGGACAACGCCUAUUUGAUGCCGUCACUUUUGCUCCGUUGGUUCUUGUGGGUCCCCUGGUUCUUGUAGGAGGAAUUGGGUACUUGCUUCUGGUUAUUGGAAGAUGGUCACUUCUUGGAAUCCUCGUUUUCUUCAUUUUCGAUGUCAUUCAGUUCAUUCUCGGAAAGUCUAUGGUCGCUUGCCGUAAUCUGGCUAUUGUGAAAACAGAGAAACGUAUCAGCUUGAUGGGAGAGAUCAUUAAGUAUAUCAGAAUCAUCAAGAUCAAUGGAUGGGAGGAUGUGUUCAGCAAGAAAGUAGACGCUUUCCGCCAAGAAGAAAAAGCUCAAAUUCGUAAAUCUGGAUACGCACAGUCCUUAGCUAUUGCCUGUGGACCUGUUGUCCCAGUUGUUGCUGCUAUUCUCACCUUCCUCGGAGUUGUUCUUGCUGGAAAUGAUCUUUUGGCCUCCGAUGCAUUCUCUGCUAUCACUGUAUACUUUGUAAUGUUGUUCGGUAUUCGUAUGAUUCCAUAUGGAUCAAGAUACUUGGCUGAAGCAGUCGUGGCUCUACGUAGAAUCAAGGAAUUCCUCAUGUUGGAGCAAUACACAACCUGGCCAGUCACCAACGCAGAGGAUACUGUUCUUUACUGUGAAAGAGCAGCAUACAACUACCAGCCAAAGGUUGAAAAGCCAGCACCCACAAAUCCAACUGAAACCGAGCAAUUGGUAAUUGAGCAAAACGUGUUCACUUGCAACUUCAACAAGUUCACUGUCAAGCGUGGAGAGCAUAUUGCUGUUAUUGGAGGUGUUGGAAGUGGAAAGUCAGCAAUUUUGAAGGCUAUUUCUGGACAUGUAAGUUUUCAAACGCCACUCUUUUGGAUUUUAAAACCCUUUCAGAUGUUCUCCGAGGACGACGCAAUCUCUGUGGACCGCACCCAAACCGUAUAUGUUCCACAGAAGCCAUGGAUCUUUAAUGGAACUGUUCAAGACAACAUUUUGUUUGGUGACAAGAUGAAUGCAGAGAGAUACUACAAAGCUGUGCAUGGAUGUCAAUUGACUGAAGACUUGACAACACUUGCCGUAGGAGACCGAACCGAAGUUGGAGAGCGUGGAGCUACUCUAUCUGGCGGUCAGAAAGCAAGAAUCUCGUUGGCCAGAGCUGUGUUCCAGAGCAAAAACCUUUACUUGUUCGAUGAUGCGUUUGCUAGUUUGGAUAAGAAGGUGGCUAACAAAAUUCAUGAGGAAAUUAUUCAAAAGUUGUUGAGAAAGAAGGCUUUGAUGAUGGUCACCAACAAUAUGGAGCUUUUAUCACACUUCGAUCGUGUUAUCUUUGUGGAGGGUGGAAAUAUUGUAGCCGAUGGAGACCAUGACAACCUCUACGAGUCCAAUGUUGCCUACAAAAACUUUGUGAACGCCUGCAGAACCUAUCAAGCAUCUUCCGGAACAGUUUCUCCAGUUGGCGAAGCUCCACCACCACCAACUCUUGAGACUGAAGCCUUGAAGAACUCUUCUGAGAAUGUGAACGCUGCAGAUGUUGAUAAAUUGAUCAGUGACGAGGAAGAUAUGGGAAACAGUACUAUCGCUUGGAAUAUUUAUAUGCAAUACGUUCAUGCUGCCGGCAGCUGGCCAAUCUGGGUGUGCCUUAUUAUCGGAUUUAUCAUCAACGUCGUCUCCAACAUUUUCUCUACAUACUGGCUCUCAAGAUGGUUGAAAAAGGGACAUGAUGAAACAGUGACUGUUAUCAAUGGAACCAACUUCUUGGAAACUAGAGAAAGUCUCGCUGACAGUCCAUUAACUGGAUUCUACUCCUCUGUCUACUUAGUCUCUCUUGUGAUUCUCACUCUUUCUGGACUCUUCAAAGCCUGUGUAUUCGUCAAAGUCUCUCUCACUGCUGCUACUCGACUUCACGAUAAAAUGUUCAACUCGUUGAUCCGUGGAGCCACCAGCUUCUUUGAUUCCACUCCAACUGGAAGAAUUCUGAACAGAUUUUCUAAGGAUAUGGAUGAGAUUGAUGUCAAACUUCCAUUCACCGCCGAAGUCUUCCUUCAAAACAUGAUUACUUGUCUCGGAUUCUUGGUUGUGAUCAUAUCCGUCUUUCCAUAUUUCCUUCUCUUCGCCAUCCCACUCUUCGUUGUAUUUGUUGUGUUUGUCUCUUGCUUUAGAGCUGGAAUCAGAAACUUGAAACGAUCCGAACACAUCUCCCGCUCUCCACUUUACGAUCAUGUGACUGCCAGUUUGGAAGGAAUGACCACUAUUCACUCCCUGCAACAAAGCAACCGCUUCUUGGACAUCCUCAAGAAACAUCUCGAUGGUAACAGUGGUGCCAUCUUCAUGUUCCAGUCUGCUAUGAGAUGGUUGGCUGUCUGGUUGGAUCUCUUGGUUGUGGUUAUGACUGGAUGUGUUGCUCUUUUGACUGUUGUUCUUACUGGAACCGUUUCACCUGCUGAUGCUGGUAUGGCUAUUGCUUUUGCUGUGCAGAUGAGCGGAAUCUUCCAAUUCGCUGUUAGAACUCAAACUGAACUGGAAGCAAAGAUGACAAGUGUUGAGAGAGUUUCUUACUAUGCUAAGAACAUUCAACCAGAUGGGGAAUGGAACACUCGUCGUGGUGUUGAUGUUUCCUCCUCCUGGCCUGCCAAUGGACAAAUCAACUUCUCCGAAGUGAAGCUCCGCUAUAGACCAAACCUUCCCCUUGCUCUGAAUGACAUCACUUUUGAAAUCAAGGCUGGAGAAAAGGUUGGAAUUAUUGGAAGAACUGGAUCUGGAAAAUCGUCACUUGGAAACCUAAUCUGUCGUCUUUAUCCAACAACUAAUGGAUCCAUUUUUAUCGAUGGAAUUGAUAUCAGCACCGUUGGACUUACCAAACUCCGACGCGCUGUUUCCGCUAUUGCUCAAGACCCAUCGCUGUUCUCUGGUACCGUUCGUUUCAACUUGGAUCCUACCAACGAGUACUCUGACUCGCAAAUCUGGGAUGCUUUGGAAAAAUGUCACUUGAAGGCGUUAGUUCAAGCAAUGCCUGGAAAAAUUGAAGCAGAAGUUAGUCAUGGAGGAGAUAACUUCUCCGUUGGAGAACGACAAUUAUUCUGUUUGGCUCGGGCACUUCUCUCAAACUCUCGCAUUGUUAUCCUCGACGAAGCUACUGCUUCAGUGGAUGCAGCUACCGACAAACUCAUCCAGGAGGUUAUCAGAAAGGUGUUCGUAGAUGCUACAGUAAUCAUCAUUGCUCACCGACUUGACAAUGUUCGCAACAUGGACCGAGUAAUGCUUCUAAAGCACGCCAAACUUGUAAACUUUACAACCCCACAAGAGAUGUUCAAGGAUGACUGGUCGAUUUAUAAGAUUGAAGACAAAGAUGACGACCAGAACUCUGCAGUAGUCGUUGGUGAGAACAGCGAGCACUCCGAGGAGAAGAGCUCACAAGGAAGCAGUCACGAGUCUGACGAUAUCGUCCAGGUUGAGCAUGAUCAAAAGGAAGGAUCCGACGAUGUUGUCCACAUUGAGAAGGAUGACGUUAGAGAAGAUUCUCCAGACGCAAAGGAAGCGACGAGCAGCGACACAGAUUUGGAAGUUGUUCAAUAA